AUUUCUUGGGCAUGCGCACUCGGGCGCUGUGUAGUAGAACGCUACCUCGCGUACGAAAUCUGUGACUCGAUCUGUUCGUUUCUGUCGGAUUUACGAGGCAACAGCGGCGCCAUCGAUGAGAGGAUUACUUUGAAAAACGUCCUUUCAUUAAGAGGAGCUUGUAGCUGUUUAAAAACUAGCUGAACGCGAAGCCGAACUAAGAGAGAAAUGAGCAGGUAGUUCACAGCUUUCUCCCCCUUCAGAGGAGCGUUAUGUGGAAGAGUGUUGAUCAGUGACGCCUGGAGAAAGAACUAAAAAGCUGACAGAAAGCCAUGGCUGGGGUUUUAUCUCCUCACUUCCAGAUCAUCUGCCUACUGCUUGUGCUCUUCGACAGCACUGGAGGUUCAGAAUCUCAAAAGUCCCAGUUCUCGGUGUAUGAAGUGAGCGUACCGAAACGCAUCAGCAGACACAGGAGAGGGCAGGAGGGCUCCAAUAAGGUGUCCUACGUUAUCCCGGCUCAGGGGAAAGAACAUGUCGUCAUCCUGGAGAGGAACGAGUUUCUCCUGCCGGACGAUUUCACCGUGUAUUCCUACGCCAAGGAUGGAUCACUGAUCACAGAGAGACCAAACAUGAAGGAUCACUGUCAUUACCAUGGUUAUGUGGAGGAUGUAGAAGGCUCCUCCGCCGCUCUGAGUCUCUGCUCUGGAUUACGAGGCGUGAUCCACAUGCAGGACACCAGUUUAGGCAUCGAGCCUCUGGAGGGUUCGUCAGAUAACGAGCACCUCGUCUACCGCCUGGAGGACGUCAAGACGGAACCUUUUACCUGUGGCACGCCCCACUCCCAUCACCAUGACGACCCAGUACUGCCUGUCCACGCCCACAACGUCACACCUGUCAAUCAUCUGAUCAGAAAAAAGAGGGCGGUGCUACACCAGACACAUUACGUAGAGCUGCUGCUGGUGGUCGAUAAUGAGAGAUUUAAUUACACUAACCGUAAUCAGACGGCGGUGCGAGAGGAGAUGGUGCAGCUCGCUAACUACGUGGACAGUAUGUACAUAGCUCUGAAUAUCCGGGUGGUGUUGGUGGGGUUGGAGAUCUGGUCGAUGGUGAACUUUAUCAGUACGGACGGGGGUGCAGGUGAGGUGCUCGGACGCUUCACCCAGUGGAGGGAGAAGGAGCUCGUGCCCCGCCGUCGCCAUGACAGCGCUCAGCUCAUCCUGAAGAAAGGAUUCGGGAGUACAGCAGGCAUGGCGUUUGUGGGCACGGCCUGCUCCAGGAGUCACGGGGGCGGGAUCAACGCGUUCACCAAUAAAAAUGUAGCAUCAUUUGCUUCCAUUGUGGCUCAUGAGCUCGGACACAAUCUUGGGAUGAACCACGAUGAUGACGGGAGAGUCUGCAGAUGUGAUGUGGCCAACUGCAUCAUGAACUCCGGGGCAUCUGGCUCACGGAACUUCAGCAGCUGCAGUGCGGACGACUUUGAGAAGCUGAUCCUGAACGCCGGAGGAACCUGCCUGCUGAACGUCCCGCGGCCGGACGAGGCCUACAGCGCCCCCUACUGCGGCAACAAGCUGGUGGACGUGGGAGAGGAGUGUGACUGCGGCUCAGUGGAGGAGUGUGAGAAGGACCCCUGCUGUGAGGCUAAGACUUGUAAACUCCGAGCUGGUGCUGAGUGUGCAUACGGAGUGUGCUGCAAGCACUGCAGGUUCCUCCCGGGUGGUUUCGUGUGUAGGAGCAGUACAGAUGAAUGCGACCUGCCGGAGUACUGUAACGGUUCGUCCUCUCUGUGCCAGCCUGACGUGUUUAAGCAGAACGGACACCCGUGCCUGAAGGGCGUGGCUUACUGCUACAAUGGCAUGUGCCAGCACUACGACACCCAGUGCCAGGCCCUGUUCGGUCCCAAGGCAAAAGCUGCUCCCGAGGCUUGCUUUAAAGACGUGAACUCCAAAGGCGAUCGCUUCGGGAACUGUGGCUACCAGGGCCAUAGCAUGAAGAAGUGUGAGAGCAGGAAUGCCAUGUGUGGGAAGCUGCAGUGUGAGCAAGUCCAGAAAACCAUAGUGUUCGGUAUCAAACCCUCCAUCAUCGAGACCCCAAUCGGAGACACCACCUGCUGGGGAGUGGAUUUCCGCCUGGGCUCCGACGUUCCUGACCCGGGCAUGGUUAAUGAAGGCACCAAGUGUGGCGAGAACAAGGUUUGUUUAAACUACGAGUGCAGGAGCGCCGACGAGCUGAAAUACGACUGUGACCUACAGAAGAAAUGCCACGGUCAUGGGGUGUGUAACAGCAACAGGAACUGCCACUGUGAAUACAACUGGGCUCCACCAUUCUGCGACUCCCCGGGUUACGGGGGCAGUAUAGACAGCGGCCCCACCUGGAAUGAAAAAGACAGGUCUACAAGAAACGGUCUGCUGGUUUUCUUUCUCCUGGUUGUUCCUCUCCUGGUUUUGGGUUUCUUCGCCUUCAUCAGGAGAAACGAGCUGCGGCGACGCUUCUGCAGGAAAAAGCGCUCUCAGGGUUACGAAGCGGACACCAGGCCGCAGACCACUAACAGCCGGGCUCCUGCGAAUCAGCGUGGGAACCCCAGCAGCAUAGUGAAAGACGGACAUCAGGCUCAGUUAUUACCAGCUGAAGAGGUGGUUCACACGAGUAAGACGUCGUCAUCAGCGCCAGCGUACGCCUCCAGACCGCCACGCCCUGCGUUCACACGACCCCCUCCUCCUGCCAGUCAGCUCCUGCCUCAGAGACCCGCCCCUCCUCCUCCUGUAUAACACACACCUCACACACCUGUCCUGGAUGUGUGUGUGAGUGUGUGUGUGAUUGUAUAAAAGCCAGACGGCAUGACCGCCCCGCCCCCUUGACCAUAACUCCGCCUUCUUGGCUUUUGACCGUUUGCCACCUGUCAAUCAAACAGCUGCUCAACAAUCUCAACACUUCCUGAACAGUGCAGCGAGCCUGAUGUUAAAAAUAGUGCGCUGUGACACAAAUCAGCUCCUCCUGCUAGAUCACCCUACGAAAAAGGGGCGGGACCCGAGAGCCUCGGCCAAUCGGACUCUGCCCGACGUCUCCGAAUCGAGGUUGCUACGGCGGCAAGUUGACUCCCUAAUUUGUAUUAUGAUGUUUGUUACUGUUAUGGAAUGUAAAGGACCAGAACCACUGCAGAUGAUUGCACAUGGGUAUAUUUACGGCACAAAGCAGUAUAUUAACAUCAAAAUUCUUGAUUAAUUAGGCGUUUAUUUUAUUUUUUUGGUAUCAAAUGUGGGAUGCAAACCGCAACAAGCAUGAAAUUUAACAAGGAUAAAUCAGAAUUCUUGUAAAAUGCAUAUAAAGUAUAUAAUAAUAAUAAUAAUAAUAAUAAGUUCCAUUCUGCAUCAUCAGGCUUUUACAUUGGACGCAUAAAUGCUGUUUGUUUUUGUUUUUUUAAAUUACUAAUAAUAAUAAUUUAUAAUCAAAAAAUAAUUUACGACCAUUUAAAAAAAUGGGAAAUGCGUUUAAAUGGGAGUUAAAAAAUCAACAGUUAUGAUGUGGAAAAAAAUUAAAAAUAUUGGUUCGUAUUCAUUUCUUGGGAAAUAGAAACAAAUUAUGAUGUCCUGAAUAUAAAAUUUCAAUACAUAUAUUUAAAAAAAAAAAAAAGAAAAAAUAAUAAAUAUGCAAAAAUACCAUUGAUGCAAACAUGACAAGCCAUUUAAAUUUUUUAUUUUUAAUUUUUAUUUUAAUUUUUUUUUUCUUGUUCUGGUUUUUUCUUUUCAAAAUAAAAGGUCAAAGUUCUAAUAAUCCCGCAAUA